CGCUUACCCGGCGGUCAAAGAUGUCGAGCGUCCCUCGCAAGAUGGAGCGCUCAUCCGACGGAUCUACAAGAAUCGUCUGCAAACUCCCAGGCUGCAAGAAGCCCUCAUGGCCGAACGACCGGGAACUCGAGACCGCGAGGACCUACCAUCAUCAGCGGUACCACCAAGAGUCGGCGCGGAUCGUCUAUCAAGGCCGGUCCGUCGAAAUCCGCCGAGACCCUGCCACAGGCAAGUUCCCCUGCCCCUGUGGGGCACCCCAGCACGCGCGGCGGAUGGCCAUCAACAUCCGUACGCUGUGCAAGGCGCGGGUGCACCCUCCCCCAGACACACUCGCGGCGGGCGAAGCGGGGACCGACGACGAGGGCUUCGGCAGCCGUCGGGGACUGUGGUCGCACAGCUCUGCCGCUGGAGGGCCGCGAAAACAUGCCAGUGAAUCUGAUGCAGAGGCGGACGCGACGGCGAGACGAACGAGGUCUGCCGCGUCCUCGUCCGCCAGCAGCCGCCAGCCCGCACCCCUGCCCCGCAAGCGCCAUCGCGGAUCGCCCGACGUCAUCGAGCUAGACUCCGACGACGACCAAGAGGGGACCGUGCUCGUUAAGCGCAUGCCCGCGUCGCCCAAGCGCGUCAAGCGCGAGCCGGCCGCCUCCCCAGACGCAGAAGAGCAGCCCGACGCUGGGGAGCCUGAACACGACAUCACGCCCGCCGCGGAAGACGCGGCACCCGAGCGCCAGGAGCGCGAGGUUGAACGCGCGCUGACCCUCGAGGAGAAGUUCGAGCGCAACAAGGCGCUGGAACAGAAGUUGCACGAGCGACUCGACAAGCAGUACGCGACAUACCAGGAGAAGCUGCGGGCGAUGGAGGCGCUGAUGUCCUGAGGACUCUCGGGUCCAUGGGCGCGAUUUACGAAAAACGUAGAAUUUGAGAAUCUUCAUCUAGCGAAGACAUCUUCAUAAGUAAGACGCUAGUAGCAUUAUCACUCCGGUCAUAAUGAUUUAUAAUCUGCUUACCACGGUAUACACCAC